GUCACAAUCAGUCGCACGAGUGCGCUCCAAUUGUACGGACGCAAUACUACGAGUGUUUCUUCUUGUUUCUUUUAUCGCAAGAUCGAUUGCCAAAAUUCUCCUCUAUGGCUAAAGUAUUCGCAUUUAUUUCACAGUUAUAAAACUAUGAAGGAUGGGAAAUCGAAUUGGACACGAGAAAUCGAAAAAUUCGAACAUCGAUGGAGCGUCCGGAGUGUUUGCAAUUUCGAUGGCAACAAAGUCACCGGAACACGAGUGUGAUUCAGCGGAGGUGGUUUUCUCGUUGAUUCGCAAUCGUCAGACUCGCGAGACGUCGCCGGUGACGGGGGGUCAGCAAAACCAUGGAAAUUUGUCAACGGAUCGUGAUGAGUGGGGAAGCGGGCUAGAAUUUCUCAUGUCCUGCAUCGCCUUUUCGGUUGGUCUCGGUAACGUUUGGAGAUUUCCGAAUACCGCGUACGAAAAUGGUGGCGGAGCUUUCCUCAUACCGUACGUCAUUGUGCUGUUCAUUAUCGGGAAACCUUUCUACUAUAUGGAAAUGAUACUCGGACAAUUUACGAGUCGUUCUUGCGUGAAAAUCUGGUCCGUAUCGCCGGCUUUUAGAGGUAUCGGUUAUGGUGUUACGAUUUCCGUGUUUUCCGUAGUCACGUAUUACUGUGCUUUAAUGGCGCUCACGCUUUAUUACCUGAUAGCGAGUUUCAAUUCACCUUUGCCAUGGACCGUUUGCUCGGAGAAGUGGGCCGAAAACUGCUUCGACUCGACAACGGCCGGGACCGAGACUAGUACAAAUGUUACUCGAUCGAGUUCAGCCGAGUUGUAUUUCCGGAUCGUCGUACUAAAGGAAACCGGCAUAAAUAACGGUAUCGGAAUACCAUCUUGGAAACUCGUUCUCUGUCUUUUGGGCAGUUGGAUGAGCGUUUACGUGGUGGUUUCACGGGGCGUUAAGAGCACCGGAAAAGCUUCGUAUUUUCUCGCCUUGUUUCCUUACGUUAUCAUGAUUUCUCUUCUCGUACGUGCCGUUACGCUCGAAGGGGCAAUCGAUGGUAUCAUUUUUCUAUUCAAGCCAGAUUGGAAGAGAAUAGCCGAGCCUGGUGUGUGGUAUGCCGCUGUAACGCAAGCAUUUUUCUCCCUCGGAGUUUGCUUCGGCGGUGUCACCAUGUACUCGUCUUACAACAAUUUCAAUCACAACGUUGCGCGGGAUUGCGUAAUCGUGACGACUCUCGAUCUUUUCACGAGUCUCAUCGCGGGAACCACUAUUUUUGGGAUCCUCGGGAAUCUUGCUCACGAAAUCGGCUCCGAGGAUAUCAGCAGGGUCGUUCGUUCGGGGGCAGGUCUCGCAUUCAUCUCUUAUCCCGAGGCACUCGCCAAAUUCACCUUUGUCCCCCAAAUAUUCGCAGUUCUUUUCUUCCUCAUGCUUUUCGUGCUGGGAGUCGGAUCGGCUGUAGCGUUUUCCAGCGUAGUUAUCAGCGUCGUAGCCGAUGAAUUUCCGGAGUUGCACCACUGGAAAAUAGCACUCGGAGUUUCCACGCUCGGCUUCCUCAUUGGGAUUGUCUAUUGUACGCCGGGGGGCCAAUACAUCCUCAAUCUGGUCGAUUAUUUCGGAGGCACGUUCAUCAUCGUUUUUCUCGCUUCUUUCGAAGUUAUUGCGAUCUCAUGGGUCUACGGUAUGCAAUUGGAAAACUAUGUUCAAGGGGUGCAAAAUUUUCUGGACGACGUAGAAUUCAUGAUGGGACGAAGGCCUUCGAUCUAUUGGCGAUGUUGCUGGGGCUUUCUCACCCCAUUGACGCUGCUCCUGAUCCUCGCGUACUUUCUCCUCAAUCUGAGUCCUCUGAGAUACAACGAAGACUACUAUCCACUCGCGGCGAACGUCGCUGGUUGGAGUGUCUUGGCUCUGGGCGUUGUUCCGUUGCCGCUCCUCAUGCUCGUCCAGAUGUUUCGACACCGAGGAAGCUCCACUUUCGAGUCUUUCAAGCCAACGCCUGAUUGGGGACCAAAAAAUCUCGAGACUCGCGACGAAUGGAGGAUCUUUAAGGAGACAAGGAUCGUGGCACAACGGAAGGUUGCCGAUUGAAACAAAUGUCCAAAAUACUCGGAGCACCGUUUACCGAAAAAUCGCAAUAGUCGCGUAGAUUUUUUGUCUCUGUUUCACGACGUAAGAAAACAACGUAUUAUUUUUUCAUGUUUUCUUUAUUAUUAAUAAAUUAAUAUAUUAUAUA